AUGAAGUUCCUCGCCGUCCUGAGCCUGCUCUUUUCGACGGCCAUCGUGGCCCUCGCCCUCCCCUCGACGCCUGACAAGAGGGCCGCCGCCUCUUCGUGGCCCCACGGUCCCUUUUCCACCCGCGGCGGCGACAUUGUCAAUGCCAAUGGCCAGAAGGUCAUCUUUGCCGGUACAAACUGGCCCAUGUCGGGCGAGUCGAUGCUGCCCGAGGGCCUCGAGUACCAGCCGCUGAGCGCCAUCGUGGGCCGCCUCAAGGAGGCCGGCUUCAAUUUCGUGCGCCACACGUACGCCAUCCAGAUGAUUGACGAGAUCUACGCCAACAACGGGCGCGACGUGACGCUGCGCGACACCAUGGUCCACGCCCUGGGCGAGGCCAACGGCACGCGCGUCACCAACGACAUCAUCAAGCACAACCCGCAGUGGACGGCCCAGACGACGCGGCUCCAGAUCCUGGCCGACGUCGCCAAGGCCGAGGCGCAGGCGGGCAUCCUGAUGCACCUCGACAACCACAUCUCGGUCGCACAGUGGUGCUGCGGCGCCACCGACGGCAACGGCUGGUUCGGCGACCGCGACUUCGACGUGGCAAAGUGGCACCGCGGCCUGCAGUACAUGGCCAAGUGGGCAAAGGGCCACGCCAACGUCCAGACCAUCUCGCUGCGCAACGAGCUGCGGAAGAGCAAGCUCGACGACAGCCUCGAGUACAGCUGGGUCAACUGGUGGAACCACGUCCGCGAGGCCGCCGAGCUCGUCCACGCCGCCAACCCGGACCUCGUCAUCACCCUCAGCGGCCUCGACUACGACAUCGACCUCUCGGCCGUCACGACCCAGGCCGACCUCCGCACCGCCCCCUCGACCGACUCGGCCCUCAUGAAGCCCAAGACGACGUCGUCCAAGCCCGUCAUCGCCGACAUCAAGUCGACCAGCUUCGGCAAGGCCAACAAGGCCGUCCUCGAGCUGCACGCAUACAAGCAGAGCGACUUCUACUCCGAGAACGGCCACCUCAACGACUGCCCGCUCCUCGAGGCCGCCUUCUACCGCUUCGGCUUCAACGCCGUUGGCAUGAGCCCGCCCGCCGCCUGCCGCUCCGACAAGUGGGAGGAGCCCUACGGCUGCCCUAGGCCCAAGAUCAACCUCCCCGUCCUCCUCACCGAGUUUGGCGACGCCAUCGACUCCAACUACAAGUCCGUCACCCUGCAAAAGUGCCUCCGCGACUGGACCACCAAGAACAAGAUCGGCUGGGCCCAGUGGUCGCUCGCCGGCAGCUACCGCAUCCGCGAGGGCAAGCAGCAGUUCGAGGACACCUGGGGCCUCACCACCAAGGACUGGUCGGCAUGGAGGUCGACCGACGCCAUGGAGAACUUCUUCAAGCCCUGGGUCAGGGACAUGGGCAGGACCAAUCUCGAGCUCUGA